AUGGGUCUGGGCGUGCUGGAGGACAAGCAUAUGUCCCACGUCCCAGGGACUACUCGAUAUUUCGACGACCCGGAACGACCGCAAUUCGCGCCUCAAGAUGGCCGGGCUGGGCUGAAGUGUGAUACAAGCGGACCGGUGCCCAUCAUUCUGGUCCCUCAACCGUCCGACGAUCCCAACGAUCCUCUCAACUGGCCGCUAUGGAAGCGCGAUCUCAUCACCUUUAUCCUCUCCAUCACUGCCAUCUUCGCGACAAGUCUCGGCCCCAUCCUCGCCGCCAACACCAUCACCCUCUCGCUGUGGAUGUCCAGGGACAUCACAGCGGUUGCCCUGCUGACUGGAUACUUCUUGCUGGGCGUCGGCGUCGCAGGCUUCUUCUUCGUCCCGUCGAGCCGCAUAUGGGGCAAGCGGCAUCUGUUCAUCCUGGGCAUCUGCAUCCUCAUCGCCAGCAGCGCGUGGGGUGGUGCCGUGGGCAAGAACUACAAGAGCUUCCUAUGGUCUCGCAUCAUCCAGGGUGUCGGGUGCGCGCCCUUCGAGGCCUUGGUGAAUGCGGCAGUCGGUGAUUUGUACUUUGUUCAUGAACGUGGCAAGCGCAUGGCCUUUACCAAUCUCGCCGUCUUUGGCGGUGCCUUCUUCACGCCCAUCGUUGUCGGCAAGAUUACUCAUACCAUCAUGUGGUGGUGGACCUUCAACCUGGUCGCCAUCUUCUGCGCCGUCUGCCUUCCUCUCGUCAUCUUCUUCUGCCCGGAGACGGCCUACCGCCGCGACGCGAGCCUCAACACGGACAUGCUGGGCGACGACAACGAGGUCGCACCGCCUAGCUACGCUGAUGCCGUACCACAGAUGACAGAGCAGCACAACGGGGCUGUCCCUGAGAGCUCCACCGCAGCUGCAGGCCCUAGUACCGAGGGCAGCAGUGAUGGGACUCGCGAUGCCAGCAACGAUGCUGAGAAGGCAAUCGAAACGCCCGCUGCCAACGGUAGCGCUAAUCGUACUAUUCCGGAGAAGACUACCUGGAGGCAGUCUCUUGCUCUCUUCAACGGCCGCAAGUCCGACGAGGCCUUCUGGAAACUACUCCUCCGUCCCCUCCCUCUCUUCCUCCAGCCCGCCUUCCUCUGGGCCGCCCUGGUCCAAGGUACGCUCAUCGGGUGGACCGUCUUCAUCGGCGUGCUGCUCGGCAUGUUCUUCCUGGGCUACCCGCUGUGGUGGAACGAGGUGAACACGGGGUACGCGUACACGGGGGCGUUCAUCGGGGCGCUGGGCGGGUUCGUCAUCGCGGGCGGGCUGGCCGACUGGAGCGCCAAGGUCAUGACGCGCUGGAACGGCGGCAUCUACGAGCCCGAGUUCCGCAUCGUGCUCGUGGUCCCGCAGCUCGUCUUCGGCUGCAUGGGCGUCUACGGCUUCGGCAUCACCGCCGACGGCCUGCUGCGCGACAAGUUCCACUGGUCCGUGCCCAUCAUGUUCUUCGGCUUCGAGGUCUGCGGCAUGGUCAUUGGCGCCGUGGCGAGCAGUCUGUACAUUGUCGAUGCGUAUCGUGACCUCGCCAUCGAGGGCUUCACGUGCCUGAUCAUCUUCAAGAACUUCUUCAGCUUCGGCCUCACCUUCAAGGCGUACGACUGGUCGUCGUCUGUCUGCUGA